GCUUUUGUCAUCAAUGAAAGGAAUGAGGUGCUAGUUGUCCAAGAAAAGAGCGGACGAUUCCGUGGAACCGGUGUGUGGAAGUUUCCUACAGGAGUUGUUGAUGAGGGUGAAGAUAUAUGUGAUGCAGCUGUCAGGGAAGUAAAAGAAGAGACAGGGGUUAAUGCAAAAUUUGUAGAAAUACUGGCAUUCAGGCAAAGCCACAAGUCAUUCUUUGACAAGUCAGAUCUUUUCUUUGUCUGCAUGUUACAACCUCUCUCCUUUGAUAUCCAGAAGCAGGACGCGGAAAUAGAGGCAGCCCAGUGGAUGCCAUUUGAACAAUAUGCAGCUCAGCCGUUUGUCCAUGGACAUGAGCUUCUAAGGUACAUUUCUGACAUAUGCUCGGCGAAGCUGGAGGGCAGAUAUACUGGAUUCUCUUCAGUUCCUACAGUGACCAGUUUUUCUGAGAAGAACACCUACUUGUACAUGAAUGGCAAUGUCAGAACAAAUAGUCGCGGCAACCCCUAAUGUGAGAGGCAGCUAAAAAACUGGUUCUUCCCUCUCCCAAAGGGGGGAAAGGAAGAAAUAUGGAUAGGAAGUUUGAUUCACUGUGACUUCAAUGAAGUUUAUAAAGGUUCAAUUCUUUUAUAUUAUGAUGUAAUAACAUGAGAUCAAAGUGUUCUAUGAUGGAAGUAUUAGCUUUGAGAUUUAUAUUUUUGAAUGUGAAAUAGACAAUGCAUCAAGUGUACAAGAAUUAUUUGUGUAUUUAUGUUUGUUUGAUUGGU